GAGAAAUAAAGAAUUGAAAUAGAAGCACUCAGUCAUCAUAUGUUAUUAACUUCGUAUGUACCUGGAAUAUUUUAUCUAUAUUCUCAGUAUAUUUAGGUCAGUAAUUAUUACUACCCUCCUUUGCACAACUGAGCUAUUGGUCUCUCCUCUCCUGUAUAGUAGUCCCAUUGUGUUGGAAGCUAGAAGAAGAGUAUAUACUAACUACUCUGAGUAGUACUUCCACUCCAGGUGAAAAUAUAUUUGGUUGCAGGUCUGUGACAUGGUACCCCAAUGGUCUCUAUUCCGCCAAAAUACGAUCCGAAAAUCGAAUCAUCUUCUUGCGAGUUGAUAAAGUGAUAUACAUUUUCAACAAUGAUUACAUACGAGAUGCUGUCUAUUGAAGAGGGAUAGCAUG